AUGCCGAAGCAGUGGAUUGACAAGAAGAAUGCGAGCACAUUCCAGCUCUUUCACCGAUCUCAACAUGACCCGUCAAUCCACGACCCCCAAGCCGACGAUCGAGUUCUGCACCAGGUCCGCGGUCCCGCGCCAGCUCCCUCUGCAGCAUCUACGACCUCUUCCAAGCCUCUCCGUAACCUCUCUGACCUUCAAUCCGAAUUCAACAAAGCCAACGUCCGCCAGAACGAAGGCGAAGCCGCAAACCAUGGCAUUUACUACGAUGACUCUGCAUACGAUUACAUGCAGCACUUGCGUGAGCUGAACACCGGUGGCGGCGACGCUCAUUUUGUGGAGGCUAAGGCGGAGAAGGGAAAGGCCAAGGCCAAAGGAUUGAAGUUGGAGGACGCACUGCGACAGGUCUCUUUGGAUGAAGGCUCGCAGAGUGCUUACAACCCUAGCGAAUAUGGGGACAUGCGCUCGAACUUCACGACCUACUCCCGCAAGCCCACAUAUCAAGAUCAGCAGAAUGUUCCUGAUGCGAUUGCCGGAUUCCAGCCUGACAUGGACCCGCGUCUUCGUGAGGCUUUAGAGGCCUUGGAAGAUGAAGAAUAUGUGGAUGACGAUGACGAUGACGAUAUUUUUGGUGAAUUGACCGCCAAUGCGGAAGAGGUGGACCGAGGAGACUUUGAGGAUACCCUGUUCGAUCACGCUGAAGAGGAUGAAGGUUGGGAGUCAGAUGCGACUGAAAAGGCGCCCGUGCCGAGAGAUAGCGAUGGUCAGGAAUUCGAUGACGAGGAUGUAUCAGAGUUCAACAAGGACGUUCCUCCAGGUGAAUUGCCAGAGCAUGAUCGACCCGCUCCAGAUAUGCAGCCCUCAGAUCAAAGCUGGAUGAGUGAAUUUGCCAAGUUUAAGAAAGAUGCCAAAACUGGCAAGGCCCCUGCGCCAGCAGCUCCCACUAUUGCGCCCUCAGAGCAACAGACUACUGCUUCUACCGCUUUCACUGUUGGAGGUACACCCAUCCGUCGCAAGAAGCGCAAGGGUGCUUUGACCAAUCCAUCUGCUUACUCCAUGACCUCAUCCGCAUUGGCACGUACGGAAGGACAUCGGCUCCUUGAUGACCGAUUCGAUAAGGUCGAGCAACUGUACUCCUUGGAUGAAGAAGAUGAGUAUGACGAUAGCAUGUCCAUGGUUAGUGGCAUGACUGGUGCCACUGGAAUGACAGGAAUGUCUACUGCAUCCUCUCAAGCGCCCAGUCUCGUUGACGGAAACGGAGCGGCCGUCUCGCGCAGCGACUUCCACAAUGUCAUGGAUGACUUCCUGGCUGGCUGGGAUGAUAACACAGGUGCUCAGGUCAAACGUAAGGGUGUUAAGCAUAAGCGUGGCAAGCAUGGAAAUGAAGCAAUUGGAAUUCGCAUGCUUGACGAAGUCCGCUCGGGUCUUGGCCCAGCUCGGUUUUCUGACGGCUCUAAGCGUGUACCUGGACGAGCUUAG